AUGUCGCUGUCAGCGCCAGCGCCAGCUCCCAGUGCGAAUCUCCUCAUCUUUCCUCUCGACAUACUCUAUGACAUCCUCGAAUUCCUGGAGGCCGAUUUCGCGACCUUGUUUCAAUGUACCCUCACGUCAGCCACCAUUGCCGCCAUCUCGCGCAAGAUUCUCUUCCGGAACGUCGUUCUCGGCGACGGGACAACUGCCCUAUUCAUGCGUUCACUCCACUCUAAUCCCUCGUUGUCUCUUCUCGUCAAGACCAUCACACUCUCCGAUACUUCGUUGCACAAUCCUAUGCACCCACUCACACGCUCCCGCGCUUGUCUAUCGUUUGAACUGUUCGUCAACCUCACGACGCUCACCUUGGCCAACCUCUCUUUUCGGGGCGUAAACGACAUCAUAACCAUCCUCGCCCUCAUCCCCUCGCUGCAGAACUUACGCGUCAUCGACUGCUUUCAAUCGCACGCCCCUUUUAUCCGCGGGCAAUGGAGACUCGGUCUCGUCUCCCCGUCGGUCAGCUUGCCGCAGAGCCAGGUUGAGGUCGCCCGACCCGUCUCCCUCCCGAGGCUCAGGUCACUCAUCAUCAACGGUCGAUGCUUCCUCGAUCAUCAGCGCCUCGCUCAGGUGGUAUCAGCGGGCUUCGAUCCUGAGGUCCUCCGGCACCUCGAAAUCAUUUGCGAAGGGACCGCCGUGGCCCCGUACUGGUGGAUGCCGGUCCUCCGCGCUUCCAGAGGGUCCCUUCGAACGUUGCUGUUGCGGUUGGACGACCAGGAGGUCCCCCCUCCGGCCUUGAUCAUGGCCUCGUCAGUCUCCCUAUAUGAUGGACCUUUACCAGAGUACAAAGGAGCAGCGGGGAACGGCGCCUUCUAUGACGCGCUGUGCGCCUCUCUCGAACGGACGCCCUCUCCGCUUCCGGCACUCCAGCACCUCCGACUGCAUCUCACGGACCGUAUCAGCGCAGGAACCAGGGACGAGCAAGGCAGCCACGAUGCGUUUGCGACACGCCUCACCUCCGCCCUGCUCUAUCGCAAGGCCGAGCGAUAUCCAUCGUUUACUCGCCUUGCUUUGUUCCUCACAGCGCCGAAAAGCAGAGGUUCUGAGCGGGGAGAGAAGGAUGCGUUCGCCGUGGUGCAGCGGUGGUACUCGCGCUUGUCCCGCUUCAAGCAGACAGCGUCCGGGGUGACGGUGGAAGUUAGGUUCAAGAAUCCGCACUAG